GGACAAAGAAAGGAGCUCAGGCAUCUGAAGAGCACUCUACCUCUACUUCCGUGAAAAAAUCAGCGAGCAGUACCAAGAAGAAAGAUAAGGAGGCUACUAGCUGCUCCACCAGCACAAAACCGAAGGUUCCAAGGAAGAAACCCAAAAAGCGCGAAGGCCACACUUGGUAUUGGGACUACGGGACAAAGAAUUGGGUAUGGCAAGCAGGCAGUAGGAAAUUCGAUUUUUUCAAGAAGCGACCACCCAAGCCGACAGAACCACCUGCAGAUGCCAGUAUGGUCAAGAGCAAGAGCAAAUCAGCCACAUCUUCAAUGUCAUCCUCUGCUGAUCAUGACAAGAGCAAAAAAAAACCUAGUACUUCUACAACAAGCUCGUCUUCUAGUUCUAGCAGUAGUCCUUCUGACCAGACCGGAUUCGCCAGAAGGAAUAAGUCUUCUUCGUGGUCUUCUCAAUAUAACUACCGAGGCGGAUCAGGAGGUUUCUCCAAGUGGACUCCUAAGAAACCGUAUAACUGGCCAGUAUUAGGCUUUUCCCCUGGUCAUGACUCCAUCCAUUGGUUCCCAAAGAAGGAUAAUUUGCUUAGCCACACCCCCUCCUGGGCCAGCGAAGGCAAGUUUCUAGUAGCUAGCGGAUACCUCAUCUACGACAAAAAGAAAGAAAAAACAUUGCUUGCAGAAGCUGCAGUUGCUGCAAAGAAUAGCCCUGCUGGUGCGAAUACAGUAUCCUCAUCCAUCUCUAAUACACAACAGCCCACAUCAUCUUCGUUCAAGCCUUCAGCCCAAUCGAGUAGUUGUUCUGUCGAAAAAUCUCC